UGGGAGGCCGUAGGCGCGUCAAGGUCAGCCUGGACGGGGGUGGCAGCCUGCCUGGGGGCGGGAGACCCUCCCGGGGGGCUGGGCUGCGGCCUCCGAGCGCCUCGGCCAUAUUGAACAGCCACGGCUGAGUCGUCUUUGUCUGCGAAGUCCUCUCCCAAGCUGCAGGCGAGCCCCCGAGGCAGGAAGAGCCACGGGGCAGCCCGUGCGCCCCAACUCGGAGCCCGUGCACCGCGUUCGCAGCUGGCCGGUGGGCUUUGAGCCUCAGGACCCAUCUCACCCCCGGCCCACGUAAGCAUCCCUGGGGGUUGAUUCCCGCCAGUCCUUGGUGGGGAGCCGGACUUGACCAAGACUGGACUCGGUUACGGGCAGAGAAGUUAGGAGGGGCUGGCUCCUCCCUGGCUGGAGAGGUGAGACCCUCCGGGCAGUUCGGCCGCGACCCCCCACCCCCAAGACCCAGGCCUACUUGUAGUUUGGGGUCGUUGCCCCCACCCCAGCUUUCACCCUGGAGAUCUUAAAGACCCUCGAGAAAAGCCACGUGGGGGGCUGGUUCCCCUGGGGCUUCCUCCCAUCCCCCGACUGCCUGAUCCUGUGGAGCGUCCCAGAUGUCUGCAAAGACGUGGAUCUGGAUGUCCUCGUGGAAGCCUUGAAACCCGUGGGGACCUUUAAGAAGAUUGGCAAGGUGUUCCGCAGGGAGGAGGACUCCACGGUGGGGAUGCUGCAGAUCGGGGAGGACGUCGACUAUUUGCUCAUCCCCCGGGAGGUCAGGCUGGCCGGGGGCGUGUGGAGGGUCAUCUCCAAGCCGGCCACCAAGGAGGCCGAAUUUCGGGAGCGGCUGACCCAGUUUCUGGAGGAAGAAGGCCGCACGCUGGAGGACGUGGCCCGCAUCAUCGAGAAGAGCACCCCACACCCACCCCAGCCCCCCAAAAAGCCCAAGGAGCCCCGAGUGAGGAGGAGAGUCCCGCAAAUGGUGACCCCUCCCCCGCGGCUGGUCGUGGGCACCUAUGACAGCAGCAACGCCAGCGACAGCGAGUUCAGUGACUUCGAGACCUCCAGACGCAAGGGCGACAAGGGUCCCAACGGCCCGCGGCGCGGCAGGAGGGUGCGCAAAAUGCCUGUCAGUUACCUGGGCAGCAAAUUUCUGGGGAGCGACCUGGAAAGCGGGGAUGACGAGGAACUGGUGGAGGCCUUCCUGCAGCGAGGGGAGAAGAAGCCCAGCGCGCCACCUGCCCGCCGCCGCGUGAACCUGCCGGUGCCCAUGUUUGAGGACAACCCCAGGCCGCAGCUGUCCAAGGCGGACAGGUGGCGAGAGUACGUCAGCCAGGUGUCCUGGGGGAAGCUGAAGCGGAGGGUGAAGGGCUGGGCGCCGAGGUCCAGCCCCGAGGUGGGCGAGGCCCGGCAGGCCUCUCCCAGGGUGGAGAGGGACGGGGCAUGGGCGCCAGGCGGGGCCAGCCUGGGGGAUAAUGUGGGCAACGCAGGAGGCGGCCAGGCGCCCGAGACUGCCCCAAGACGAUGGAGGCCCAGAAUCAACUGGGCCUCUUUCCGCCGUCGUAGGAGGGAGGAGGCAGCAGCAUCCACAGUUCAGGCGGCAGAGGCUGCAGACGAUCAGAGGGCAGAGGCUGCAGACGAUCAGAGGGCAGAGGCUGCAGACGAUCAGAGGGCAGAGGCUGCAGACGAUCAGGGGGCAGAGGCUGCAGACGAUCAGGGGGCAGAGGCUGCAGACGAUCAGAGGGCAGAGGCUGCAGACGAUCAGGGGGCGGAGGCUGCAGGUAAUCAGAGGGUGGAGGCUAUAGCUAAUCAGAGGGCGGAGGCCAUACCCGUCCAGGGGGCAGAGGCCGAGGAUAAUCCCGGGGCAGAAGCCAUGGCUGUCCAGAGGGCAGAGGUUGCAAAUAAUCGGAGGGAAGGGGCUGCAGAUAAUCAGAGGGCAGAGGCCCCAGUUGUCCAGGAAGCUGAAGCCUCAGCUGCCCGGGUGGCCACAGGGGCAACCCAGGGAGCUAGGGCCCGGAAACAGGUCAAGACAGUGAGGUUCCAGACUCCUGGACGUUUCUCAUGGUUUCGCAAGCGGCGGAGAGCCUCCUGGCACACUCCUCGGUUGCCAACCCUGCCGGAGAGAGUCCCCAGGGCAGGCGAGGCCAGGAGCCUUAGGGUGUUGAGGGCAGAGGCCAGAGCAGAAGCGGAGCAGGGAGAACGAGAAGACCAGCUGUGAGGUGAGGGCAGGGGUGCCCCGGACCACGCCGCCACCGGCCACGCUCUCGGCCACGCAAGGCACGGUCCUCCUCUCCCGCACUUGGAUGGAGACGCUCUUCCUGCCUCCGUACUUGAAAAUGGAGGUUGGGGCGCCUGGGUGGCUCAGUCGGUUGGGCAUCCGACUUCGGCUCAGGUCAUGAUCUCGCGGUUUGUGAGUUCGAGCCCCGCGUCGGGCUCUGUGCUGACAGCUCGGAGCCUGCUUCGGAUUCUGUGUCUCCCUCUCUCUCUGCCCCUCCCCUGCUUGUGCUCUGUCUCUCAAUAAUAAAUAAACGUUAAAAAAAAUUUAAAAAAAAAAAAGAAAGAAAGAAAAUGGAGGUGAAGCAAGGGCCAGACCAUGGACCUCCCCCCUCUACCCCACAUCCCUCUUUCUUGUUAAAAUUCGUUCGUGCAUUGAGUUUUUUUAAAUACAGACUCUUUCUGGACACCCAAAGAAUGUAAAGAAAGAGACCCAUGGGGAAGAGUUGCAUCACCUAUGAUCUGAACUUGCUCAUAUGCAGCUUUAGGUGCUCGGCUUGAAAAAAAAAGGGGGGGGAACGGCUGGGGAGAAAUCCCCUCCCCUCCCCCUUCCCCCUCUCCUUUCUGCCUGCGCACUUAGCAUUGCCGGCCUCCUUGAACUUAAAAAAUGGGCGCAAGCCAACAUGCAAAUAAAAAUGUUUACAAAGCGA